CAUGACCUGGAGCUGGCGGUGGCUGCAGGGGCUGGUCCUCACCUGGCUCCCCAUAGGCUGCCUCUCCCUGCUUGUGGUAGUGCAGGAUAUUGAGCGAUACACCACUUUAUUUGCUUCUGUGAUCCUCAAGUGUGACUACAGCACUUCAGCACAACUGCAGGAUGUAGUGGUGACAUGGCGCUUCAAAUCCUUCUGCAAGGACCCCAUCUUUGACUACUACUCUGCCUCCUACCAGGCUGGGUUAGCUCUUGGCCAGGACCCAUCCAAUGACUGUAAUGACAACCAGCGGACGGUGCGCAUCGUCAUUCAGAGACGUGGACAGAGCGAGCCUGUGCUAGGCAUAGAGUACAGACAGCGCAAGAUCACCAUCCAGAAUCGGGCAGAUCUUGUGAUCAAUGAGGUAAUGUGGUGGGACCAUGGAGUCUACUACUGUGCUGUUGAGUCUCCAGGAGACACUGCAGGCGACCCAGACAAAGAGGUUAAGCUCGUUGUUCUGCAUUGGCUCACGGUGAUCUUCAUCAUUCUUGGUGCUCUCCUCCUCUUCAUACUGAUCGGGGUGUGCUGGUGCCAGUGCUGUCCCCAACACUGCUGCUGCCAUGUCCGCUGUGCCUGCUGUCCAACCCGGUGCUGCUGCAAUGAGGAAGCCCUGGAACGACAUCGGUUCAUGAAGCAGACUCGGACACUCAUGCCAUGGAUGACACACCACCCGUUCUACGUGGGAGCUGACAGGAACUCCCAACUCUCUUCUUACCAACUGAACCCAUUGCUGCAAAAAGAUGUCUCUCUGCAGAGCAGCCUCCCACUGGUGCAUUCACAGGGCCAGCUGCCUCCCAAAAACAACAUCCUGGACUAUCUGGAGUCUGAGAUCCAAAACCUCAACCUAUCCCAGCCCCUCCUACCCUCCCACCACUUUGGAGCCAACCAGCAUCCGAGUGUGCUCUCCUCCCUGAGCUCGGAGGUUGUGGAGCGCAGGGUAAUCCAGCUGCCUCCCAUCACUGAGCUCAUCCCAUCCUCGCAGAGGAGCAGUAACUUGUCACACCUGCAGCGAGCUGGCCAUGCUGCAGGACCCUGGGGCUCCACAAUAGACGAUGAGAGGGAGGACUGGAGAAGACGCCAGCCCUUGGAUGGAGAUUCUCACUCCAGCUUCAAUCGGGAAUCCUGGGACAAGGGACGAGACCAGCCACCUCAGAGGCAUGGGGAGGGCAGCUAUGAGGGCAGGCACCGGAGUUCGAGGCAGGAUGUUUCACCCAUGCGCCGACCAGACCGUGGCAGGUAUGGUGGCAACUUCUACCCUGAGGAGGCCAGGGAGCGCUCGGACCGCCGCUUCGACCCCAGGCAGCAGCCUUUGGAGAGGCAAAACUAUAAACACUCCAACAGAAAGGGCAACAAUUCGGAGCAGCGGGGUCGCCAGCAUCGCAGCUACUCUCCUCCAGUGCAGCGAGAGUCCUGGAGCUCAGCAGAAGAGCAUGAUCACUUCCAGGGGAACAAUAGGCAACGCCACCAUCGCUCCCCAGGUUGGCCAGAAGACAAGCCACCCAGUUACCGCUCACUGGAAAUCAUCCCAGCCAAGGACAGCAGACAUAGAAGCAGCAUGGGACAGCAGUCGGAAAAAGGAAGUUCCCGCAGUGGGAAAAGCAUGGUCAUUUAACACCAUGGUGGAAGGACUGAAACUCUCAAUGGUUCUGUUUUUGGGGGUCCCUUUUGCCCUCCCAGUGUGUAAUUUGGGAUGGCUACUUCUGACUGAAAAGGAGACCUGCAACAACUGGAUAAAAUAAAAUGUAGUGGAGACCAAGGAGGAAUCUGUACGAAGGGUGCCAGGAGUUCAGUGCCUUUAUAACAUCUGAAAACCUUCUUAUUCCUUCCUUACUCUAGAGACUUUGGUUUCAAACAGACCCUGGUUGUGGAACGUGGUCCCUUUGAGAGUAGAGCUUCUGGUGACACUGAACAAAUAGCAUGUCCUCCCUCUCUGACUUCAAAUAUCACCAAAUGUUGUGCAUGUGGCCCUGAGAUUCAGCACCACACAUUCGAAUGUUCGCUGUGACUAACAAGUGAUUGUUUCCUUUUUGCCUCAGUGAGUUUCUGUGGUACAGCCCUUAAUGAAACUGCCAAGCAAACAAUUUAUUGUGCGGUAAAGGAAGCGUCGGAAUGCUGCGCACACAUGCGGAUUUAAGUGCACUCUCUACAAGAGAGCACAGCAACUUCUGUGCUUGGAAAAACGCCUGAAAAUUGCCAGUGCUUUCAGCUUAUAUUGACACGUACCUUAAUAAGGACAUGAAGAAGCUCUGCCUGGCCAUUUGACCCAGACUCUAGUGGAUUCAUGAGUUCAAAGUACUAAUCUAUAAGGUUCUGUUAUCAUAGGUUGAUGCUGAGCUAUGGGUAACUGCCAUCCUGGCAACAGUGGCCUGAUUUUCAAAGUUACCACACUCAUGCUUGUUUUAAGUCAAUAGGAGCUUGGUGAUAUCCUGUCACCUCCAAAAAUGAUGCCCUGUUUGUUUGUUUGUUUGUUUGUUUGUUUGUUUGUUUGUUUGUUUGUUUGUUUGUUUGUUUGUUUGUUUGUUUGUUUUUUGAGGAAUCCACCCUUUCCCGAGCAUCUCAUAUGCUCUGCUUUCCUUCUUGGCCUCUGUCCUCCUGCGGUGCGUCUGGGAAAAAUGGGCUCUAGAAGAUAAGUCUUGUCCCCUGCUUUGCUAGUGCCCUCCUAACAUGCUAUUAGGGAGCUGAUCUUUACCCUGAACAUUGCAUUUUUCCUAAACUUGUUGCUCAACGGAUCUGUGGUUGGGUUACUAUUGGAUUAAGGUGUCAGCCUAUAAAUUACCCUGUAACUAAAAGCAAAGAGAGAAUUUCCUUUGGAAACCAAUUGCAACAGACAGAAUAGCAGGUCAGUCUGUGUGGUGUUUUUUGUUGUUUUUUUUUUUUCUCUUGGCUGUGUUGCAAAAGAUGAGACAAAAGAAUCCUUUUCUCUGGAUGUUGAGAUAAGAGGCUUCUGAUCACCGUGGUAAAGCUGCUUUCUAAAGGCACUUUGUGAACUGCUGACAGUAGAGUUCAGCUCUUUGUUGGAGCUUUGGGAAUGGCUUAUAUAUUAUUUUGUAAUUUGCAACACCUAAAGGUUGGUCAAGACCUAUUCUUACUUCAUCCAGUCCAUUUCCCAGCUGGCACAGGAUUGCUCUCUACAGGACACUUUAAAACUAAAACUAUCAGUGGAGUGCUUGCCACUUCCUUUGGGAAACUAGCUUACAGGAGUGAUUUUGAAAAUGACCCUUUUUUGCACUCUUGUGGAGAACCUCCCUCUGGAAUUCAUAUAGAGUGCUUUUUCUCCCUCCCUGGGGCUGUGUGUACGCCAAAUAAAUGAACUCAUGGAUAGCACUGGUGCAAGUAUCAAUGGAGUGGUGUUACCACACUAGGUGUGUUCUUUGUGUUUGUGCUUUUACCCUUUGCUCAUACUUGGGCAGUACUGCAACAUGGUAGCAGUGCUUUCUCUGGGUGUACUGUCCCACAGUUCCCAGCACUGCUGCCUGAAGCAGUGGCUGCGAGUGGAUUCCGAAAGGCCGUCUGGUAACCUAGGGCCACUGUGAAAGGAGUCAAAUUCCCACAAUUCCCUGGGAACUAGUGACAUUUCUUAGUUCUUCUCUCACACUGAGGGCGAAGGAUGAACAUCCAGCUCCCUCUUAUUGUUCUAUAAGAGGGUUUUUUUUUCUGGAUUAUCCUGAAAGAGUUGGAGACCAAGGCCAACAGCUGAUGAGACAUCUUAUGUAAUGAUCGCCAUCUUGGCCAACACAGCAGGGAUUGAAACAGGGACCAUUAGAGCUAAAAGCUUGAGAUAAAAAACCAGGCUGUACUGCAGGAGACUAACACACUCACCUCUUCUCUGGACUGGGAGAUGUAUAACCUGCAUGGACUACUAAGUCACACAUGCCCCACACAUGGAACAGCUGGCUCCGUACAGAACUUGAGGAUGAUGCUCCUAGGUCUAGUGUUGCUUCUGGGUCUGUUCCACGGCUGCACAUCUGUGUAAUCAAGUUCAGCUUGAGAGCUGUGAUGGACACAGCAGGGACUUCCUAAUUUAAUGUUAGAGAAGACUUUUCUGUAUUUCCAUUGUGAGCUAAUCCUAACAUUGCAGCAACCAGAAUGUAAAGAUGAGGUCUCCAUUCCCCACAGAAAAAAAGAGACAAUUGCUCUGUGGAACCUGACUAUCUUAGAUGGAUCUGUGAAAAUGGUUAUUUAAAAAUGAGAUUUUAAUGAUGUGGUAGUGGUACUUAUGUAAUUCUGAUGGUUUUAAUACAUUUCUUUCUCUGUGUGGUUGGCUAAUGAUUUUGUAUUAGUUAUGAAGAGUUGGUGGACAACUGAAUUGAUAUUAAAGAACAGCAUUGUUGCCUCUUCUUCCCACAUCAGUAUCCCAUUCUGAGGGUAUGUCUACACUUAAACCACUACAGUGGCCCAGCUGGAACACUGCAGCGUUGCUGCUGUCUACACUGCAUCAAGAGGGUUCUCUCAUUGGCAUAGGUAAUCCACCUCCCUAAGUCUUUUCUCAACCUAGCACUGUCUACACUGGGGGUAGUCAUCACCUCUCUCUCUCUCUCUCUCUCUCACAGGGGUAUGGAUUUUUCACACCCCUGAAAGCUGUAGCUAUGCCUUUGUAAGUUCCCCAUAUAGACUAGUCCUGGCACUCAGCAUUGCCCCUCUGCUGAGCAGAAGCAGAUGUCUGGGGCUGAGCAAGUUGACUUCCCAGAGAGGAAAAAUCAAUAAUAUGGAUUCUGGAUAUAUUCAGUUUAACUUGCUUUAUCUACAUGCACCUUAGUUCUGAAAUGAGAUGAUCAAACAGCAUGCAGCACAAUCCCUUCUCUUCUUCCUACUAUCUCAGCCCAAAGCAGUGCCCAGCUCCCAAGGAACAACUGCACCCCAUGAACUGAUUCUAAUGGGAGCCCAAGGCAGAUAGUAAACUGCUUUUUGCACAGCUUCUUCUUUCCCCCAAAGCCGCCUCUACACAAAAUCUUCUAUAACUCCAACCUAACACAGCAUGUCUUCCCAAGAGGCAAAACUUGUUUGCAUGCUAAGGGCUGUCCUAAACUGAAAAGUUGCAUCAGCAUAACUACAUCUCUCAGGAGUGUGAAAAAUCCACACUCCUGAGAGACACAGUUAAG